CUCCGCCGGCUGACAUUCGCGAGCCGAGCCCAGCCGAGCCCAGCCGAGCCCCGAACGGCCGGUAGCGACGACGAGCCCGGACCAGACCGAACGCCACGGAGCCUUUUCUUCGUCGUCUUCUUCUUCCUCGAAGAGCGCCAGCGGCAAACCUUCCCACGUUCACGGCGGUCAGUGGCGUCUUUGCACGAACUGGAAUGAAUGAAGUCAUGUGCCCGCCGCGCCCCAUUUGACUUACGGCACACGCGCGGUUGUAGAGUACCCGCCGUAAGCCCCGCUGUAUAAUACGUAACGUAUCACGGAGCCAGCGCCGCUGAGACAAGAAUCUCCGUGGAAGAAAGUGCACGAAAUGUUCACGGCAGACUCGUGCGAGCGCAGCAGAUGAAUUGGAGAAAGUUAUUCAGCACAUCAUGGCAAAUGAUUGACAAGGGCUACCGCUAACUAGCAGGUUGUGGGCGGGGUCCGCCAUGACUUCCUGCUGAAUAUCAGGCAGUGAUGCUAACAAGGGGCGGGGCCAAAGAGGACAAAAGAGGAGGAGCUGGUCAAGUAGGCCCCUCCCCCCGCACGAGGAGUCGGCGGCACGUGGGCGGACUCGGGAUGUGGGCGGGGCUGGUGGCCCUGCUGGCGGCGGCGGUCGGCGAGGCCGACGUGGAGGCGGACGCCCGGAUCGGCCAGCUGGAGGCGUCCAUGAGCUCCUCCCUCCUCCGAGACGUCCGGGAAUCGACCCGCGACGACGCCAGGCGCAACUUCCCCGACGCCGACGCGGCGGUGGGGCGCCUCUUCCGCAUCGAGGUGCCCGCCGCCAAGAUGGACGACCGGCUGUCGGAAACGUCUGAGUCUGGGAAGGACGGUCUUCCAUCCUGGCUGCACUGGGACGCCCCCCACAGGACACUGCAGGGACUGCCGCUGGAUGAGGACGUCGGCGUCUACUACAUCUCGGCCGGCGUCUCCGACGAGUCGUUUUUGUCCUCGUCUUCGUCUUUCUCGGAGGUCUUCUCCGUCGAGGUUCGCGCCGAGGACCCGUCGGAGGCGGAGUCUUCUCAGACGGCGACCGAUCGAGCGGGCGCGGACGGCCGGUGCGGCCCCGACGAAUCGGUCACCGUGUUGACGGUCAUCCUGGAUGCGGACUUGACCAAGAUGAGCUCCCGCCAGAGGGUGGAGCUGCUGAACAACAUGAGGAGCUUCUCGGGGGUGGAGCUCUCCCUCAUGAGGGUUCUUCCCGUGGUCAACAACAGACUCUUCGACAUGUCCGCCUUCAUGGCCGGACCGGGCAACGCCAAGAAGGUGGUGGAGAACGGCGCCUUGCUGUCGUGGAAGCUCGGCUGCGCGCUGGACCAGAGCAGCGUACCGGAUCUGGCCGGCCUCCGGGGUCCGGCCAAGGAGGGCGCCAUGUCCGCCAAGCUGGGGUACCCCGUGGUGGGCUGGCACGUGGCCAACAAAAAGCCUCACGUGGCCAAGCGUGUUCGGCGGCAGUUGAACAACACGCCCACGCCGGUCCUGACGUCGCUCCCGCCAUCCUCCGCGGCGGAGCCGCCCGUCCGAAUCGUCCCGACGCUGUCGUCCCCGUCCGUCGCGGCGCCCCCCCGGAGCUCUGCGCCGCCCGUGCGGGGUCCCGUCCCGCUGCCGGGAAAACCCACCAUUCGAGUCCGAGACCCCGUCGCCCGCACGCCCACCGUGGAACCUCCUCAACCCACCAGGGCGACGGAGACCACCAGCUCCGUCCUCCUCGAGCCCACCGCCACCCGGCCCGUCCACGUGGAACCCACCGCCGCGCCGCCCACCCCCACCCCCACGCCCGCACGGAAACCCACCAAGAAGCCCAAAAGACCCAAAACCACGGCGGCGCCCCGCGAGCCAAAGACGUCCACGGCCAAGCCGUCUCGCCGCACCACACCUUCGCCAGGAGUCCUCCCGGAUCCGUACAAUGAAAAACCGGUUUUGCGUAAUCCCAUCGACCAGGUGAACGCUCUGGUGGGGACGUACUUCGAGGUGAAGAUCCCUUCGGACACUUUCUUCGACAAAGAAGACGGAACCACCGACAAGCUGCGGCUUACCUUGAGGAAGAAACUGAACGAAGCGGUGGGAGAAGGUUCCUGGAUCCAGUUCAACAGCACCAGCCAGCUGCUUUAUGGCCUCCCCGAUGCGCAUCACGCCGGCAAGCACGAGUACUUCGUGCAGGCCACCGACAAAGGAGGCCUGAACGCCAUCGACGCCAUCGAGGUCCGCGUCAAGCGCUGGCCCGCCAACGACAGAAGUCCCGUGGCGUUCGCGGCCCGACUGGAGGGAGAACCGCGACGGCUCGCCGGCGACAUCCACAAGAAGAUCCUCCUGGUGCGGAAGCUGGCCUACGCUCUGGGAGACCGCAACAGUAGCACGGUGAGCCUAAGGAACAUCAGCAAGGGUUCCAUCCUCGUGGAGUGGACCAACAGCAGCCUCCCGCACACGCCCUGCCCCAAGGAGGACAUCAUGACCCUGAGCAGGAUGCUGGGCGACGCCGACGGGAGGCCCACGCCCAACUUCCGCAAUGCCAUGCAGCCCGACUUCCGACCCCUGGGCGUCACGGCCAAGGGGCGGGCCGACUGCGCCGCCGUCUCCUUCAUCCCGCCGGGCGAGACGGAGAUCCCGCCGCCCGCCGCCGUCACCCCGGCCCUCGGGACCGGACGGCAGAGCGCCGACGACGUUUACCUCCACACCGUCAUCCCCGCCGUGGUUGUGGCGGCCAUCUUGCUGCUGGCCGGAAUCGUGGCCAUGAUUUGCUACCGGAAGAAGAGGAAGGGCAAGCUGACCCUGGAGGACCAGGCCACCUUCAUCAAGAAGGGCGUCCCCAUCAUCUUCGCCGACGAGCUGGACGACUCCAAGCCGCCGCCCUCCUCCAGCGCCCCGCUCAUCCUGCUGGAGGAGAAGCCGCCCCUGCCGCCUCCCGAGUACCCCAACGCCGGUCCGCCGGAGACGGCGCCCCUCAACCGGGAGCUCCCGGGCGAGUACGCGGCGCUCCGAGACGACGACCCCAACGCGCCGCCCUACCAGCCCCCGCCGCCCUUCGCCACGCCCCAGGAGGGGAAAGGCUCGCGCCCCAAGAACAUGACCCCCUACCGCUCGCCGCCGCCCUACGUGCCCCCCUAAUUACCCGCUGGCCCCGCCUCCCGCGGCGCUCCCGCUUUGGGCGUCACGAGGACGUACCCGGUGCUAAUGUGCUAACGCUCGGCGCCGCUUUGGGGGAGGGGCUACCGGGGAGGGGGUGGGCUUUGGCAGCCGGGAAGGACUCCUGGUGUCGCCGGAUGCUAAGUGACCUUUGACCCCACACACACACCUGACCUUGUGAGACCUGCGCUUACGUCUAUUUCACCGAUUUGGUUUUUUUCUGGACUUUUUCGAACAACAAGGUACAACGCGUGUGUGCGUGCAAGCAGGUCGUGAUGGUAACUCACCUUGAGUGUUGCGUGCGCGCGUGUAUGCAAAUGUGCGUGUUUGCGCGUGCAUGUGUGUGUGCGCGACUGCGUGUAUGCACGUGUGCGUGUUUGUGCAUCUGCUUGCGUGUGCGUGGGAGCGCAUGUGUGUAAGAGGUCCAGGUCGUCACGGUAACUCAACGUGAGCGCACGUCGAGGCCGUCCGUACGUGACCUCCACGUCACGUGACCCCGCCUCACGCGAUCAUAUUUCACGAGUACGUUUGAAUAACUGAAUGUGCUUUCGUUUUGUUUCAUGUGUGAAGCAAUAAAAUGUUGAAAUAUUUGGCACAAAGAUAUUUGUGAUAAAAAACAAAAUGAAAGGGUGCUACGAUGACGAUGACGAUGAUGAGGCUUGUUUAGGUUCUGAAAUAUUUUUCUACAUACGUCAAAGAACUCGUCAUCUUUUCAAGGACUUUUGAUACAAGUUUGAUUUCUUUGAGGAUUCGUCGACAAGCGCAAACGCGACGAUGAGUAAUCGUAAUUAUUUGACGAGUGCGUUCAAUAUUGACUCCUUUUGCUUCUUUUUGACAUUUGAGCAACUUUUUUGCAAUAAUGCCGCUAACAGCUUCGUUUGCUUUCCACAAUAAAAAGUCGACUUUCCGCCACA